GCCCUCGUGCCGCCGCCGAUGCUUGAGGUAUUUUAAAAACGGAUCGGAAAGCCAAAAUCUGCAUGUUCUUCUCACUUUGUUCUCUUUCCCACCUUACACAAUGACGGUUCAAGAUCUUGCAGUUUUUGAUUUCGACUGGUCCCUAAUUGAGGCUGAUAGCGAUGCUACUGUUUGCAAACACUUUUGUCCUAACAAGUGGGCUUCGUUGCCACCUUCCGCACAAAGAAUGCAGUGGACGGAUUUAAUAGAUCAAACGCUGUGUGAAAUACAGGAUGGUGGUAGCUCAAUCGAUGAUAUCGAAAAAGUGCUGCAGAGGGUACCAAUGGUUCCAUCUGCCCUGGAGCUACUCGAGUCCCUUCGAGCAAGCAAUACACGUGUCCUUAUCCUGUCAGAUGCCAAUACGUUUUUCAUAGACGUUAUCUUGCGUGCCCACGGUGUCCGUGAUCUUGUUUCUGACAUCAUUACGAAUCCCGCAUAUACGGAUGAUCAAGGCAGGCUGCGUAUCAACAGACGGAUUCUGUCAACUGAAGCGCCACAUAAUUGUCCCAACACAUGCACGGUUAAUAUUUGUAAAGGCCAAGAACUGGAUCGGUACAUUGCUACCCAUGGUCCUUUCCGAAGGAUCAUGUAUGUUGGUGAUGGAAUGAAUGACUAUUGCCCUGGAUUGCGUCUGAAGCACACCGAUUUAUACUUUGUUCGUAACGGGAAGCAGUUGGCCAGGGCGCUGACAACAAAACCAGAGGUUGCGGGCAGACUCUUGGUCCAAGUGACAUAUUGGAAGGAUCAUGCAGUUAUUGUUGAAACUGUCGCUAAACCUGCUGCAGUGCCCUCAUUGUGAUGAGUCAGUCCAGUAGUACCUUUAGAAACGCCCCAACGCACCUCACACCCGCUGUCCGCUUAUAAAUAGAUACUUUAGAUAUACACAAUCACAUAUUUUAUAAACUUUAGCGGAUUUGGAGAUGUUGCAGUGUAGGAUCUAGUUUAAUAACAAGAAAUUAUCCA